CCCCGAGACUGAUCCAUUUUGUAGUUAUUAUCCUUCCCUUUCUCCACAGCCUCCCCCGACUACUGAACUGAAACAAAAACAAGUCUGAGGCUCACAGAAGUAACAAUGUCAGCUUUGAGGUUUAGCUCACGCUUUAACCCAAUGUUAUCAAACAUAAUCCUUGUUCAAACCAAAUCAUUAUUAUUCAGUUUCUCUUCCUUCUCCUCAUCAGUCAGAAAACCUUGUAAGACUCUUUGUUGCUCUUCCAGCUCUCCACUUUCUGGGUUAGAGGAUGAGUUGGUUGGUUAUAUUUUUGGGAAGAAGAAAGCAACAGAAGUGGCUCAUUUGGUUUGGAGGCAUGUCUUGCAUAAAGGGGAUAUUGUCAUAGAUGCCACAUGUGGGAAUGGUUAUGAUACCGUAGCAAUGCUUAAAAUGGUUGCUGAUGAAUCUGGUCAUGGUCAUGUUUAUGGAAUGGACAUUCAAACAGAGGCUUUAGAGAAUACUUCUUCCUUACUGGAUGAAACUGUCACUCAGAAAGAGAAAGAACUAGUCAAGCUCUUCCCCAUUUGCCAUAGUAGAAUGGAUGAAGUGCUUCCUGAAAAUACUGCCGUUAGACUUGUUGCAUUCAACCUAGGCUACCUUCCUGGAGGUGACAAAGGUAUUAUUACGACGUCGAAAACAACACUUUUGGCCUUGGAAGCCUCGAAGAAAAUGCUGAUAUUGGGAGGGCUUAUUAGCCUAGUGGUUUAUGUGGGACAUCCUGGUGGAAGACUUAAUUCUCAGGGAAGAAUUGGAAACAGUUGAAGCCUUUGCUUCAGGAUUAUGUGUUGAUGGUUGGAUAUGCUGCAAGUUCCAGAUGUUGAACCGACCUUUAGCUCCAGUACUUGUUUUCAUAUUCAAGAGAUGAAUCAGCGGAUUGAUUCCAAAAUGUAGCAUUAUUUGUACUUUCUGGGUAUACUAUAAAUUCCUGGAAAGUUUGUUUACUUGUAUAAAAAUUCAUUUAUGAAUACAGGCUGCCAUUAACUAGCUUGAGAAUAUAAUCUUAGAAACUUGAAACA